AUGGACGCUGCAAGCCUGCUUGCCAAUACUCUGUCGCCCGAUCUGACCCUCCGAACCACCGCGACCACCCAGCUCGAAACCGCGUCGAGGGAGCAUCCCGCUCCCUACCUCGACUCGCUCCUCGGCGUCCUCACCUCGGCCGAUCAGCCGGCGCAUAUCCGGAAUGCGGCCGGCUUGGCCCUUAAGAAUGCGCUGACCUCUCGAGAUGCCGGGCGGAAUGAGGAGCUGGUCGAGCGCUGGAAGUCGAUCUCCGACGAGCUCAGGCUCAAGAUCAAGGACGGCCUCAUCCGCCUGCUUGCCGACGACCAACGCGCCGUCCGUCAAGUGUCUGGCCAGGCUAUCUCCGCCAUCGGCGCCGUCGAACUGCCUCUCGGUAUGUGGCCAGGCUUGAUCGGCCAGCUGCUUCAAAUCAUCAACAAUCCCGAGGGUGGCGUACCACUACGGCAAGCCACCCUACAAGCCAUCGGAUACCUGUGUGAGAGUACACUUCCUGAAGUCCUGGCUGCCCAGUCCAAUGAGAUUUUGACAGCCGUAGUUUCGGGGGCCCGGAAGGAAGAACCCAGCCCAGAGGUCCAGCUUGCAGCAGUCAAUGCCCUCUACAACUCGCUCGAAUUCGUCCGAGCCAACUUUGAACGCGAGGGUGAACGGAACUACAUCAUGCAAGUCGUCUGUGAGGCUACUCAGUCGCAAACACCUGACGUACAAGUGGCUGCGUUUGGAUGUCUGGUCAAGAUCAUGCAAUUGUUUUAUGACAAGAUGCGAUUUUACAUGGAGAGGGCUUUAUUCGGACUCACCGUGCUAGGAAUGAAGCAUGCCGAUGAACGGGUAGUACUCCAGGCGAUCGAAUUCUGGUCCACUGUGUGUGACGAAGAAAUCGAACUACAGAUCGAGGCUGAGGAAGCUCUCGAGUACUCAGAGCCGACGGAAAGAGAGUGCCAGCACUUUGCUAAGGUCGCUCUUCCGGAAAUCCUGCCAGUCUUGCUCCAGCUCCUAACCCGGCAGAAUGAGGAUGCAGACGAGGACGAAUGGAACGUCAGCAUGGCCGCCGGAACGUCGCUCGCCCUACUCGCCCAAACCGUUGGUGAUGCAGUAGUGACGCCGGUGAUCCCGUUCGUGGAAAGCAACAUCAAGUCUGCUGACUGGCACCAACGGGAUGCAGCCAUCAUGGCCUUCGGCUCAAUCCUUGACGGGCCAGAUCCCAAGAUGCUGGACCCACUCGUAUCACAGGCUCUGCCGACCCUGAUCGAAAUGAUGCAGGAUCCCUCGAUCCAUGUCAAGGAUACCGCCGCCUGGACGUUGGGUAGAGUGACCGAUCAACUGAUCGGCACCAUCAAGCCCGACGUCCACCUCGAGCCACUCAUCACUGUCCUGCUGGGUGGCUUAGGCGACAAUACACGUAUUGUCGGGAACUGCUGCUGGGGGCUCAUGAAUCUUGCCGAACAGUUGGGUGAUCCUAGCAAGCCUAAUUCUGUUUUGAGCAGAUUCUAUGAAGGAAUCGCCAACUCAUUGAUUGCCUUCUCCGAUCGUGUUGCCGAUGAGCCAACCUCACGCACUUCGGCAUACGAGGCUCUUGGCACUUUAAUCAAGUUUGCCUCCUCCGAAGCACUGCCCGUUGUCUCCAACGCACUUGUUGUCAUUAUGGAGCGGUCCGAACGCCUAUUGGGCAUGCAAGCCCAGCUUGUUGGUGACGAUGAUCGACGCAACUAUGCUGAUCUUCAGGUCGCCUUCUGUGCCGUUUUGACACAUGCGAUCCGAAGAUUAGGUCCCGAGGUAAAACCUAUGGCCGAUAGAGCCAUGACAUUGAUCUUACGUCUCAUCCAAGGUGCCGGGCCCAAGUCGCCGAUUCUUGAUGAUGCUUUCCUCGCCGUUGGUGCAAUGACUUAUGCACUUGAAGCGGACUUCCUGGCAUACCUCCCUGCUUUCUUACCAUUCCUCAACGCUGCUCUAAAAUCCCAUGAAGAGUACCCGCUAUGCUGUAUCGGAGUGGGUAUUGUUGGUGAUAUUUGUCGUGGUUUAGGUGAACAGGCAACACCAUUUGCACAAGGCUUUAUGGAACUACUGCUCGAAGACCUCCAGAGCACCGUUCUCCAUCGCAGCGUCAAGCCUCCUAUCCUGUCCUGCUUCGGAGAUAUCGCAUUGGCCGUCGGUGGCAACUUUGCCCCGUACUUGGAAACGACAAUCGGGGUCUUACAACAAGCUGGAGCGAUGCGUGCGGAUCCGACGAACUACGACCUCGUAGAUUACAUCAAUCAGCUACGCGAAGGAAUCCUGGAAGCUUAUGCUGGAAUCAUCGCCGGUCUCAAGUCAGCAAACAAGACCGAUUUACUGCUCCCACACGUGCCGACGAUAUGCGCAUUCCUCCAUGUGGUGGUGACUGACCAAGACCAGACAGAGGAACUAUUGAAAGGCGCACUGGGCAUCAUCGGCGACUUGGCUGAGAUCUUCUCGGGCGGACAGAUCAAAGCCGCGCUCGAUCAACAGUGGAUUGCGGAAGCCAUGAAAACCGGAAGAACGCGCGUGGGAGGCCCGGAGACCAAGAAGUUGGCUAAAUGGGCCAAGGAGAUGGUUCGACGAGCGACUCAAUGA